AGUUGCACGUGUUGGCGAAGGUCCACCGAGCAGACGACGGCGUGCUGUUCCUGCACAAAUUCUCGCGGUGCUCAAGUGUAGAGCAUCGUGUGGUGUUUGCGUUCUAUAUGUAGAGAUUGGCACAGUCUGGGCACAGUGAGUCCCAAAGGUUCUUCCACUCAGGGUACACAGUGCACGCAGAAGCAGGUCUGAAGGAUGCAAGCAGCCCGUCUCAUUGCACGUGUGGUAACAUCAGCGCCUCCUGCAGGAUCCGUGGGGGCGAGAUGGGGCGUGAGGAAACUGCAGACGACCUCUUACAGAGCAAAAGCCCAACUUAUAGAUGGAAAGAGAAUUGCAAACGAUAUCUAUGACGAACUGUCCAAACAAGUGCAAGAUAUGGUAACAGCAGGUAGACGGGUUCCCCAUUUAGUGUUGGUGCGAGUGGGUGGAGACCCUGCUUCUGGUAGCUAUGUGAAAAACAAAAAAAAAGCUGCAGAUAAGAUAGGAAUACAAAGUACAAUUCAUCAUCUUCCUGAAGAUACUAGCCAGUCUACUUUGCUCAGUCUUGUUAACCAACUAAACAUUGAUCCAGAUGUGGAUGGCAUUUUAGUACAGCUCCCACUGCCAGAGCACAUGGAAGAAAAAGUAGUGUGCAACUCCGUCAUACCAGAGAAGGAUGUGGACGGGUUUCACAUUGUCAACAUAGGAAGGUUUUGUCUUGAUAUGCACAGCAUGGCUCCAUGCACUCCUCUAGGGGUCAUGGAGCUAAUUAAACGUUAUGGAAUUGAAACUUUUGGCAAGAAUGCUGUAGUUUGUGGUCGAAGCAAGAAUGUGGGGAUGCCUUUGGCUAUGCUUCUCCAUGGUGAUGGUGUCCGGCCAGAUGGUAGGUAUAGUCUGUUUUGUAUCAGUUUGGUGGAUAUGUACUUACAUUAGGGAAACUUUGUAAGAUAACUAUAUUAUUGU